GGCCACUGGCUCACCGGAGAUUUUGCGCACAGCCGCCUGUUUUGAGUUGACACGCCGCGUGCAGAUGCUUACCAAAACUCUGCGAAUUUAUUACGAUAAUUAAACAAACGUUACGUUUUAGUUUAGUGUCCUUAAUGAAUAACAUGGAGGUCAACGGCACACUCCCAGGACGCAACUUCAUAGACUUGCGCAUCUUAACACAAAAUCUUUUAUCGUCGGCAAACAGGUCUCAGCAAUUCCUGGACAAUGAAACGAUCCGCGUCGCCGAGGAUGAUCUGGACGUGAACACAGACAUCUACUCUAAAGUUUUGGUCACCGUGAUUUAUGUGCUGCUUUUCGUUGUCGGGUGUUUAGGGAAUUCCAUCACCCUGUACACACUUCUCACGAAGAAAUCUCUUCAGAAUCUCCAGAGCACGGUGCAUUAUCACCUGGCGAGUCUGGCCAUAUCUGACCUUCUCAUCCUGAUCCUCUGCAUGCCCAUUGAGUUGUACAACUUUAUCUGGGUGCAUCAUCCGUGGGCUUUUGGAGAGGCUGUGUGUAAAGGUUACUACUUUCUGCGGGACGGGUGCUCGUAUGCGACGGCGUUCAACAUCGCCAGUCUGAGCGUCGAGCGCUUCAUGGCCAUCUGUCACCCGUUCAAAGCGAAGAGCAUCAUGUCGAGGAGCCGCACGAAGAAACUGAUCAGCGCCAUGUGGCUCGCAUCUUUUCUCCUGGCCACCCCGAUGCUCUUCACUAUGGGACAGCGUCUGGUUGAAAACGAAUUCAUAUGCACCACUAUCGUGUCCUCGAUCACUGCCAAAACCGUUCUGCAGGUAAAUGCUUUCCUGUCUUUUGUGGUUCCCAUGGCAUUAAUCUCAGCAUUAAACGGAGUCAUAGCCAGUCAGCUGCUGCGCAUGUUUCGGGAGACUGUGCAGGACAAUCGCACCUCUAUCAUCGGAGGAAACGCUACCAUUCUUAGUGUCACAGUGGAACCUAACCGCGCCCAAUCACUGCGGCAUGGAGUCAUGGUGUUACGUGCUGUUGUCAUUGCGUUUGUGGUGUGCUGGUUACCGUACCACGCAAGAAGACUGAUGUACUGCUAUGUUAAUGAAUGGACUCCUGCUCUGUUCGAUUUCUACCACUACUUCUAUAUGGUCACCAACGUGCUCUUUUACGUCAGCUCGGCUAUAAACCCCGUCCUCUACAACCUCGUCUCGUCCAACUACCGGCAAAUUUUUUUUUCCACGCUCCGCUACUUCCUGCUGCCGUGCCGUCAUAAGAAACAACAACGCGUCCUGACCCGACACUCCAUCAGCAUCUGCAGCAACCACACCUUGUCCACCAACGCUAUCAAGGAGACCAUUUACUGACCGCCUAUUCAGUUCCUCCAUUUCAUUCAGAAAAGCCAAGGGGAAGCCAUUGAAGUGAAGAUUGUGUCCAGAUGGACUUGUUAUUACAAGAAAUGUUAUGUUUGUGCUCAUACAUCACCACAUUGAGCUUUCGAGUGUCGCGGAAUAGCUACGAGAGACUGUGUUUGUGUGUGAAAGAGUGCGUUGUGGUACCACGAAACACACAAAACGAAAACUGAACAGGGUGCUCAAACACUGUAAAAAUCUCCAAAUGUAGAAAUAUUCAGAUUCGCAGUAACAAAUGUUACAUGCUCAGCUGAUUCUAGAUCAGUUUGAGUGGUAGUAGUGGGAAGUUUUAAUGUUUUGUCUACAACAUUAGGUGGAUAAAAAGAGUUCAGGGUUGAAUAGGAUGUAAUGAAGAAAUACAUCAUUCCUAAGCUAAUCUUAAGAACCAGACUGCGAACAGUUGAUUUAUUUAUGUGAAUAAACAGCUGCUGUUAUGUAUAUAGAGUCUUUAUAUCCAACUGAUGUAAUUUACCAACUGUGAAGAUGAGAACAUGCAUUUGGUUUUUAUUACUGCCACAGCAGAGAUCGCUACAUCUUGAAACAAGCGAUUCUAGCUUGUAACACAUCACAAUUUCUGUAACCAUUCUGUCGCUAUAGCAACAGUCUACAUUCAAGAAGGAAGAAUGCUCGAUGGGAGGACGGGCAUAAUUGAAUGUAAAAAAGCUUCUUUUAAACACAGCCUUGCUCUGCAGUUUGCAGAAAGAGAGACAGAGUCUUGACUGAAUAUGUGCGGCUGAAGGAAAAGUGUAAACCAGCACAAUUAAUUUUCAGCUGUAUGAAAGGCACUUAUCUCUGAGAAACGCUUGGCCGCAGGAAUGCUGAGAUUUACAUCAAAACUUCCACUAGGGAAGUGUUUCGAGAAUGAUGGGAGGGCUAGAACACAAGAUUGAGGAUCCGUGACAAUGAUGUGGGUAAUGGAAUUUGGUAAUACAGAUGGAAAGCCAAAGAAAAAUGGAAAGUUCAAGAUAGUUUGCACUGUUUUUCUAGUGCCUUUCGUGGUGAGGAUGAUGAAGAUGAGGAAGCUAUCUUCUUAAUGGUGAAAUGUUGAUAACGUUGUUCCGCUGUAGGUAAAUAAAGUAUGAUGGCAAAGUAGGAAAUAGGGAUGGGUGGUGUUAGCCACGCCCACUUACUUACAUACUGUAGCAUAUAGACGGUUUCAUCAGACGCACUGGCCUGGACCGAAGUUAACUUCCGAUCUGAGUUUGUUUAUCAGUCUAUAUAAUAUAACAAAUGAUUUUAUAUUCAAUGAAUUUUAUUAUUUUAGUUUAUAUAAAUUGUUAUAAAAUAAUCUACUAAACCAGUGGGGGGUAAACCUAGGGAAUGGCAAAUUUUCCUCUGGCCAUACAACAACCACUUUCCAAAGUAACGGAACCAUAAAUUAUACCACAUCAUAUCUACACAAAACGUGUACAAGAAUCCACGAAACUGAAAGAAUGCACGAACAGACUUACAGAUAACAAACCCUACCCUCAUAUCGUUAAAAAUGCUCUUUUUGAAGCUCUAAUUCUGCAGCAAUAGGGCGACUCCAACAAAGUAUCUACUAAACCAUCUGCCAUUUAUACUGCGAUUUAAUAAGUGAUGUGAAAACAUAGACAAGCGAAAGGUGGAUUCAAACCUGCAUCGCAAUAGUGUCAAUAGUACUCACUGCACCACUGAAGCUGUUGAUGAGAGAAUGUCGUUUUUACAUUCUAAAAUACACAUGCUUCCGACGCCCAUGCAAGAAAUAUACAGCAGUCUAAAAUAGUUUGAUGAUCUUUAAUAAGCAUCAUUAUGCACACUUUGUUUCCACUGUUUUGUCUGAAUGCUAGGGUAUGGCCACUGCCAAACUCUGCCAUACGCAAACGCCGCCCCAGACAGAAACUGUUGUUAUUGAUUCUUUGCAGAUGUCUACUGGAAGUUACGUUUGGGCCACAUAAUGUCUGUUUAUGUUGUUGUCAAUGAAACCGUCUACUCUACACAGUCGCAGUUGACAUUAUUUUGUCUCAACAGUAUAUACCUUCAUACCACCCAGCCCAGGUCCCAGAGUCUGGCUAAUGCUCCUUGUUUCUUAUUUACAUCUAUCAAACAAUUUUCAUGUCAACUGGAUAAAGUUUUGGUAAAAACAGCUUUUGUUCGUAUUCAUCCAAAUCAACCACUGUGUGUGGAACUGUAGAGAACAUGGUGAAUGCUCACAGCAGGGAGGAUGCUAGGGAGUUGAAAAGAGUGGUGUGUUGAAGUACACAGAAUGUUAAAGAGAACACGCUGAUAUGCUGGCCAGAGAUACUUGACCAGAGAGAGAGAAAGAGAGAAGUAUAAAAGAUCACCUGCUGAGGUUGUGGACCAGAGGUUGUAGACACGACAGACACCGUUAGAAAGGUUAUGAUGUUCAUUUGAUGGUUCUCCAAGGGGACAGCAAGAUAAUUACAACAUUUUUCUGUUAUUAAGAAAAUGUUUUGCCUAAACCAUAAACAUUUCUAAAAUGCCAAAGGUCAUUACGCAUGGUAAUGAAAUGUUAUCUCAUAAUGUAAAUUUAAUGGCUGUAUAAUAUAUGGGAAAUGUAAGAGAAAAUGAAGACAAUUAUAAUAUAUAUUUUGUGUACAUACCAAAAAAAUUCAUGCAUCGUCUGAGCACAAGGACCAUUUUAAGAUUAUGUAAAAAAAAUGAAAAGCACUUUGAUACUGUACGUGACAUGGGUUAACAGAGCAAUGCAGGGAUCCAUUGUGUAAACAUGACAGAAAAUCUUAAUGGUGGGCGAAGAGUUAAUGUAAUAAAGCUUUAAAUGUCAAAAAGUUCCAGAAGCAGUUUGAAGUUGACCCUUUAUCCACACUUCAAUAUUAAUAGUUCUGGCGUAUUUUGGGUUUGCGUCUGUGCAUGAUCUGCACUAAAUCCACAUCUCCACUGGUCUAAAGCAAGCUGUUAUGUUCUUACAGAGUCAUUGCGAAAUGUAAUCUACAGGGCUAAUACCAUCAAAUCAGGACUGAUCAUUCCUAAUGGGAAGAUAACGGUUUAAAAUGAAGUAUGAUUUGAUUUACCUGUAAGUUAAAUUACAACCCUAUUAAAGCAAAUUACGUAAAACAUUUACUUGCUUGAAGCAGAUGCUGUUCAUGAAACCUGAAACACUCUGGAAAGUGAAUUGUGUUUGCACAGAUUUGAUAUACUGUAUGUGCACUGUGCUUUAAGAUAUUAUUGAUGUUAAGAUUUUGGAGCAUUACAACAGUUCGCCAUCAGUAACAGAAAUGUAGCACAGCAGUUUUUCUUUGAUGAUUCUAGAUCAUCAUCUCUGACCUUUUAUUGUAACGUUAUUGUUGCUGCUGUCAAAUCAAUAACUUUCAUGAAUGUAUACACUGUAAGUCAUUUCUACGGCACAUGUGACUUGUUUUAAAUCAGUGGUAAUCAGAUUCACAGUUAACAUGCCUUUAGAGUUCUAUAGCAUCCAUGCACGUAGUGUCAUGAAUCCUCCUGAAUCAAUGUUGAUUCAAUUGGUUUCAUUGAAAUCCCACAGGUGGUGUUGUCUCUUUUGUGCUGUUUGUUUAAAAAAUGUCAUUAUAAAUAUAUGUUAACACUAAAGAUGGAUUUGAAUAGUGCUGAUGUUGUUUUGUUAUUAUCGACUAAAUUAAUUAUUCAUUUUAAUGGGAAAUAACUCAGACUAAUGAAUUGAUUGUUUAAAAGCUUUCCUGGUGCAUUUAACUUGCGAUGUUUAAUGGAAAAGCCACUGUAUA